UUAAUUGUUCAACAAUUAUGACAACUUGAUAUGACCAUAGUUUAUACGUAAUAUAUAUGAUUGAGUCUGGAUAUUAUAUCUAUAGAGUUAAAGCUUACGCUGACAACUUAUAUAUUUUAUGAAAAUACAAGUGUUGAAUAUAUUUCUAUCAGAUCUCAGCUACGUUAUUGUAUAAGUUUAAGUGGUAGUCAAUUUAUAUACAAACAAAUAUAGAGAGUUUGUAAUGACAGAUUGUCACGAGUUAAUUACUUAAAUUAGUUGUGUGGGUUAUUAACACUAACGUCUUGUAUAUUUGUGAUUUUGGAUGCAGAAAUAAGGAAGAUGUGUAGAAAGUUAAACUAAGGUUUUUCCUACACGUUUUAUCAUUAUUCUUUAUAUAGCGACUAACCAGCGAAUCACAUGCUUGUUUACGACCCUGAUAUAUUUACAACCACGAUCCAAGUACUUGUGUGUUUAGCUGUCAUUGUAAUUGUAGCUAUAGCCAUGUCGAACAAGGAUAACAAGAAAACCCUACCCCCGGGACCCAGGCGGUACCCUGUACUGGGUAAUUUAUCGCAACUUAAAGGGGACGAGAUGUUUUAUGUGAAACUGAACGAGAUGCGCAAAACUCACGGAGAUGUUCUUUAUUUACAACUAGGGGCUGUCAAAAUGCUCGUAGUAUUCGGACAUGAUAAGGUAAAAAAAGUGUUGCAAGAUCAAAAGGAUAAUUUUAAAUACCGACCAAUAUGGUUAGUGGAGAUUAAAACCCUGGACCUUACAAAAGGUAUUGUUUGGUCCAACGGUUUACAAAACGACAAAAUACGAACAUUUGCUCUGCCCGCGGUCUUUCCCGGGCUUGGACCCGUAACACUGACCCAGAGAGUUCAGAUCGAGGCUGAAAUGGUCGUUAAAGCUCUUCUUACAGAAAAGGGAGACUCGUCGACAUUAAAGAAAAUAUUUUACAACGCCAUUUGUAAUAUCAACUGCGGGCUGAUCUUUGGAUCAAGGUACGAGUACGCGGACACAGAGUUUCAAGAGUUUAUCGGUUUAAUGGAUCAGCUUCUGCAGCGACAAGGAAUUAAGAAUCCUCUCAACUUUUUCCCUGUUUUACAAAAACUGCCAGACUCAAAAAAGACAAAAGAAAGUAGAUGUGUCAUUUCGAAGGUAUCAGAAUUCAUUCAUACCAAAAUUCAGACGGCACGAGAAACAUUUAACAAAGAAAAUAUCACCAGCCUUGUAGAUCUUUACCUAGCACAGGAGGGAGAAGAAAAUUGUGUCACAGAGGAGAAUAUUUGUCAUAUUGUACGAGAUUUUUUCGUGGCGGGGACUGAAAAUGUUGCUAUAGGUCUAGUAUGGCUGAUUGGUUACAUGGUCACACAUACAGAUGUACAAGAAAAAUGUCGUCAGUACAUAUUACAGACGACAGAAGAUAACAAGACGAUAUCUAUGGAAGACAUAGAAAAAGUCCCGUAUAUAGAAGCAACCGUUCAAGAGGUUCUUCGAUUGGCUAACAUAGCACCACUGUCGGUCCCGCAUGCCGUUCACGAGGAGGUUGAAUUUGAGGAGUUCUUAAUUCCGAAAGAUACAAUGGUAUUAACUCAUCUACAGUCCGUGCACGUUGAUCCCACGUGCUGGGAGGAUCCUGAUACAUUUAAUCCGGACAGAUUUAUCAAAGACGAUAAAUUGGAUAAAAAAGAAGCAUACAUGCCAUAUUCAAUAGGAUCGAGAUAUUGUCUAGCUGCCAAACUUGCUCAAAUGGAACUUCUCAUUACAUUAAGCACUCUUUUGAAACAUUUUAAAUUUACUGAUGGUCCGCAGACAUUAAUAUAUACACAGCCUGGUGCUUUCGUUGAACCGAAAACGUUCUGUGUAAAGUGGACGCCAGUUGAAUCAGAUAAAUAGACAGAGUCUAAAUCAUAGAUGGGAUCUAUAAACUUAUUAUGCAAACAUGUUUAACACAGCCCUGAACUUACAGGCGCAUAUUUAGAAUAUGAAAUAUCGUGUCUAUUCACAGAUCUUAAGCUUAUAGCUUCCUCUACAAUCGAACUAAGUUCUGAAUUAUCUAAAUAAUUGAAAUUAUGUACAGGAAAUCCAUUGGUUAAUUAACUAACCCUUAACUGGAAUGUUAUUUGAUAGCUUUUGUUAAAGGAGAAAACUACCACGAGCUAUUGCAGCUCUUGGUGUAAUUCUUUUCUGCUUUAAUGUGCAAAAUAUCUACAUGUGUAUAUAUCUUAAAUAAAAAAAUAUGCUUAAACUUA